AAUCCGUUCAGUAGUCUCGUGGCCGUGGUUGGUGCGGUGCGCGACCGGUGUCCGUUGUCCGUUGGUCGGCUAUUCGCACACGUUCUCCCGUACGCCGCCCGCGGGCGAGACGCGUUUCCGCUGCACGUUCACCGGCCGCCGGACCGGUUCGCCCGCAUACACCGCCGUUGACGUAGCACGCCCUCGCGGGGUGGUGCUCGCGCGAGUGCGAUGCCGGCGCACGCGGUACCGGCGACACCACCACUGUCGCCGCUGCUGCUACUGCCGCCGCCGCCGCCACCCGUCCAGUAUGCUUCGACGGAACCGCGGUUCCGCCGGUGCGUGCGCAAGUUCUUCGCGCACCUGUUCAGCAACCUGGGCCUGUUCGGCCUGGUCGCCGGCUACGUGAUCGUCGGCGCGUUCGUCUUCCGGUUCCUGGAGGCCGGCAACGAGCGUCAGCAGCGCGACCGCAUCGGCCGCCUCAAGAACGACUGUCUGGGCGAGCUUUGGAACAUCACAGUGAGAAUGCACGUACUACAUGAACUAAAUUGGACGAAACUAGUGUACGAGCCGUUACAAAAGUUCGAGACGCAGAUCAUAUCUACGAAAAACAUUCAAGGAUACGAUAGCAAAAACACGGAGCAGUGGUCAUUAACUGGGGCGCUGUUGUAUUCGGUCACCGUUAUUACGACAAUCGGAUACGGUAAUUUGGCACCGAAAACACCAGAAGGCAAAAUCGUGACUAUGGUAUAUGCGUUAUUCGGCGUACCAUUAAUGCUCCUGUGCAUAUCCAAUCUGGGGUCGUUGUUGGCUGGUACUUUUCAGUUUGCAUACUCUCAUUCGUGCUGCUUCUCGAAAAAAAAAUCAGGCAAUCGGAGGGAAAAGUCAACGAAAAAAUCGUCGUCGAGCGGUCCGUUGGCUGGGCCAGUGCCACAUAUGCCACCACCGCCUACCCAACAGCAGUUUAACGGGCAUCACAGGGCCGCCAUCAUGGACGUUGCUCCCAGAUCCAGGAAACAACAGAUCGCUGGCAUUGGGAAACCAAUAUACCGUUUAACGUCUGAAGCCAAACACGUUCUGUGUGAAUGCGCUGAAUAUCAAUUGGCCAACUCGCCCACGCACGAUCAUGUGGCUGCACACAUCCUCAGGCAACUUGGUGACCGUCCGGAUUUACCAACGGCCUCGAAAGAGGAUGAAUACGUUUACGACGACGACAACAAUGAAGAUUGUUACCAAUGUCAAAUGAACAACGGAGCGCACGGGACACCGAGCCGAGUGCCGUUGAUCGGUAGCGGUGGCGGUGGCAAGGACGGAGGUAGUCGCCAACAGCAGCGGCGUGCAAACAAAGACCGCGGGCGACAAGCGGCCACCGCGGACCAGUAUCACCGGGAAGCGGCCGCCGCGGCUGCAGCUACCGCAGCUGCCGUCGCUGCCGCCACGGCUGCGGCCGCAGCCAGCAAGAGGACGGCCAAAAAGCGGAACGCAGCGCCGCCGGGCGUACCGGUAGCCCUGGUGCUGCUCGUGUUGGUCGGAUACAUUUGUCUGGGAGCGGCCGUGUUCGCAGCCUGGGAGGGCUGGACGUUCAUUGACGGCGCGUACUUCUGCUUCGUCACGCUGUCCACCAUCGGGUUCGGUGACCUAGUGCCCGGCAAGUCGUUCCAGGGCACGGAUACACAGAACGGUCAGCUGCAGUUGGUUGCGUGCUGCGGUUACCUGCUGUUCGGGCUGGUGCUGAUCGCUAUGUCGUUCUCGCUUGUUCAAGAGGAGGUGGUGUCCAAGUGCCGGCACGCGGCCCGCUACGUGGGUCUCCUCAAGCAGCCGGCCCGGCCCGGCACCCAGCCCUACGCCCUGUAACCAACCAGCCCAACCACCCGUCGUUUGCCUACCCCAACCAUUGUGUGUACUCCCUGCUCCUUCCCGCGCGAGCUCUUCAGCAGACGGCCAACAACUCGUGCGCUCUUCCCGCAAACCGUCAUGGCCGAAGUCACAAAUAAUGCAGAAACGAUAAACCGCAUUCAUGACCUACGUGAUCGUGCAACAGGUCCUGCAAUUUGAUCGACCUGUCGUAUGGCUAUGAUCCGUUUUUCUUGAUGCGCCACGUACUGUUCGAAAUCGAAAUCGUAUCCCGUCUAUCACAUCGUCGAAAUCCAUCGAAAAACAAUAACCACCCGAUAAAGUAUAUUUAUGCAUACUCCUGCAUAAGUAUUCUUAACCGUAUACCGGUUAAAAAACAUCGUUUAUAUUUUGAAGAGUGACUAUUAUAUUUAUUUGACCAUCGCCGUGUGGAAAUUGAUUCUUGAGAAUUAAAACAUUGUGCUCCUUUUUACCUCCAUCGAGAUUCUUGUUCGAAACACGCGUAACUGUUUUUCAUUCAUCGGAGUGAUUACACUGAUUCGGUUCUCAGUAAAUCGUAUUUGGCAUGUUUUAAUAUUCUAAACAAAAUUUAAAAACCUCAACAGUAAUCCGUGCAUAAUAUUAUAAUUACAUUGGGUACCACAUAGUACCACAUAUUAUCGUACACAUAUUUUUAUAUAAUCAUAACACAUAUUUUGUUAAAUCCGUAAGUUCAGUUGACCACAAGCAUUCACACGCAGUUAAACGUCGAGUACAUUUUACGACCCGAUCAUAAAAUAAAAUGUUAGAUAAAUACAUCACCGCAUUAUAAUACUACCGUUCUACCUUUUCUGUACAUGAAAAGUAAACUAGUUCAACUACGUACAAUAUGAACUCGACAUGUUCACGCGUGUUAAUCCAUAUAGUGGUUACGAAAUAAAAAUUGUUAGUCUAUUAUUUGUAAUAACCCACGUGUAAAUAAUUAUUUUAUUAAAUCACAUGGUUU